UUCCUUAGUAUGUCUGCUGCGCUCCCGCAGUCCCGCCCGUCUUGAACACUGUCUUUCUGGACUUCUCUGUUCCCUCCUUGACUCCUUCUAAACUACAAGUAGUAAAAAAAACUUCAACUUUUCUCCAAAUUCAUCAAUUAUCCAAUAGAAAGGCUAACAAAGAAAACAGCUCUAUAAAAAUUAGAGUUUUAAUUGAGCUUUCUGAACCCAGCAGCAAUGGCGGCAAGAGGGUUCCAUCUAACACACCCAUUUAUAUCACCCCAUCAAAUUACACACUUUGCAACUCCAUUCAUUAUGAUUAAUUUCUCUCCUCUUUUUAAGCAUCAAUCUUCUGCUCCUGGAAUAUUGAGGUGGACUAAGAGCAAAGAAGACCAAGAUUUGCAGGAGCUACCCCAAGGUUUACCUCCGGAAUUUUAUGAUGAUGAUUGGCAGGCAAAACAGCGUGAAAAGACCAAAGAACUUCACAGGAGACGCCUUGAAGAGGACGAAGAAGAGGAAAGGAAGGUCCAAGAGUACCGUGAAAUUGGUACACGUCUUAAAGAGUUUCCGGAUGAAGAUGUUAGGAAAGCAAGAAUAUUGGUUUCAAGCUUUAUUAGGGCCGAAGAAGAAGUAGAAGAGAAAAUUGAAGAAGCUGCUGAGAGAGGGGAGCUUGACGAACUUGUUCUAAUGGUCAUCUGGAAUCGACUUGAUCUUGCUAGAAGAGAUGAUGAGAAAGAUGCAAUCAGAAGUUUGGAUCUUUUAUACAGGAGGGUUGAGACUGAGAUUUUGAAACGAGAGGCUUCACCUGCUAUGAGAUUGCUGAACGAUCUUUUGAAUAUGCAUGAUGGGUUUGAUGAUGAAGGGUGGCUAAAGGAAUGCAAGAAAUAUAUGAAUAAGACAUUCCCGCAAGAGGAUCCUUUCAGCAUCAUUGUUCCUGCAGGAUUCGAGCUAGAUAAGCAUCAAGGGCCAUUACGUCCACCAUUGGAGAGUGACGAGGUUCUUUUGAGGGUUGAUUUUGUGAGAGAGGUUGACACGUUACUGCAAGAAGUGAGAGGUGAACAGAAGCAAGUUGAGAAUACGAAAGGCCUUGACCCAGAGUCUGUUGCAGGUCGGUUGAAAUACCAAGAGAAACAACGAGCUAUUCGCCAAGUUGAAUUGCUCCUAGAGCUUGCCAUUAAUUUGCAAUAGUAAUCAGUAAUCACCUCUCUCAAGGGCAUCAAGGGUUGUACAGUAGUAAGUUGACUUUGAUAUAUAAGUGCUUGACAUUUUUCCAUAGUUUAGUGCUUUCUUUGUGUUGCAUGACAAUUGCCUCUUUUAGCUGAGAAAGCUGAUGCGUGAUGCGUGAUGCGUGAUGCGUGAUGCCCUUUUGGGAAAGAAGGUAUUCGCUACAGCUGAUUUUUCCAAUCCAAGGCAGUUUUGACCAUGUAAUUUCAAUUUUGUUUGGGUUUUUAUUAUGAUAAUGUCAAAUUUGUUUGGUGAUUAGUAUGAUAGUGUUAAUUUGUUUGUAUGA